AUGAAUCUAAAGGUCCGCGGUUCGAACCGACCACACGAAAUUACAAACUUAUUUCAAUUACGUCAUCAAGAGGACCUUCGAGGUUCUGGAAAAGAAUCCUUCUGGUCAUUGUUGUCGACAGCCGAAGACAUCUUGAAAAGGACAUCUUCAGCACUGAAUAUUCUAAAUUUCAGCCGAAGACAUCCUGAAAAAAACUUUUUCGGCACUGAAAAUCCUGAAAUGACUUCAAACAUCGAAACUAAUGCAUACCAAGAACAAAUGAGUUUCUACAACCUUUCCCAGACAAAGAUGUACUUACUUUUAGGAUGUACGGUUUCUAUGGUGAUUAUAGCUAUAAUUCAAGCAGGCUGCAAUAUCUUUAAAAGCUCCGAAAAAAAAUCAUCAAAUCAAAAGAACUCGCAAAUUUUACUGCCACGAGCCGCCACUGGGGAAACACAUCGGGCAUUUUGUGAGUUUUAUGGUGCUUAUAAUAGUCCUUCAAACAGAUUAAUUCAAGACACUAUGAAUCGUCUUUGCAAUUCCUUUACUCUAAACAAUAAUACGCAUCCCUUAAGACGUCGUACACACGUGAUUGCCGGUGUGCAGCGUAGUGUUGAUGAUGAUCCAAAUGUGUCAAUUCGUCAUCGUGCUCAACAAUUGGACUUGUUAAACUUGUAA